AUGUCACCUCUCGACGUGUCUUCUUUUCCCGACAACGUCCAACUUCCCAUCGAAGAAGACAGGACGAACAACGCCCCUGCGCGCUCUCGCAGACGUCGCCUUUUCGGCAGUCUUCUGGUCGGGAGCAAGGAUGUAGCGCAACUCUUGAGAGCUCCACGACGGCGGGCUUCCGAAGCUUCCGUACAGCUUGUUCCAACCGAGUCGGAACCGCAGACCGUUCUUGACCUGCGGUCAUCAGAGCCCUCGCUGGCCGUGCAUGCCCAGAGUGGACGUACACCUGGGGAGCGCCCUCCCAUUCCGCUCGCCCUAACGACUUCCGCCGCAGAACGAGCCGUAUCGCCCCGUGAUAACCCCGUUUCUGAGUCGCCAGAGGAGUUGUUCCCGCCAACACCAGUCGCAGAGGAUUUCCCAGAGAAGAACCACGUCAAGGAGAGUAUCAAGGCGUUGCGUCUCUCGCGUAUACACCGUGCACAAGAUUGGGCGCGCAAGCCCGAGGACGACGCACUCCCGCCAUGGGCAAGUCGCGGCGUCAUCGAGUCCUUCGGCCUUCCAGACGAUUAUCGCGAUGAACGUGAGCCGGAUCGAACCCGCAUGAGCUCAGGCACGGGGUCGUCUUCAACUUCGUCCUGGAGGCCUUCCGCGCCGUCUUCACCUUCAACGUCACGAUCGAGUUACUGGUCAGCCGCGACGAGCUCCACUGCCGCUACCCCGACCUCGCCCUGGUCGGGAAAACCGCGCGGAAGUGGUCUAUCUGCGAGUAUCGCACCGACACGACCCUUCUCUGGUGUUUCAUCGCAUUCGAGCAAGUCUGCGCGAUCGGCCAAGUCCGGCAAGAGGCCGGUGACGCCUCCGCAUCUGUCGGGCGGCGCGAUGAUGAGGUUGCGCUCGCUGUCUGCAUCGUCAGACAAGGGUAAAGACAAAGCACCAUCUACGCCACCAGAAAGACUCGACUCGCGCCCUAGAACGCUGUCUGAUGGUCCUCGUCCUGUCACUUCACCCACUAAUCGGCCAGCUGCCGCUGCGUCUGCUCGGUCAAAUGCAAUUAUUCGGUCCCGCACGCUCUCCAAUCCCGAGGAUAAGAGCCGCGCAGCAACCUCUAUAUCAAAUACGCCCUCGCCUUCACGAUCGGUUGCGACACCGAAGUCAUCGACGUCACGAAGUUCAACAGCACAUUCAAGUGCUUCUCGUCCGCUACCGAAUGUGCCUAGCGCAGGGCCCUCCCAAACCAUCAAGUCCGCUAAACAGCAGCCGCCACCUAUUGGACCACGACAGGCCGGCAAACAUAAACAGUCUGUGCCUGUUCGUCCCGAAAUGGAAGUUCCUACGCCGGCGGCGUAUGGGGCUUCUUCAAUCGCGACAUUCCCAUCAACCCAGAUAUCUUCAUCGUUACCGGCGCCUCCCAACGGGGCCAACACGUCCCCGCAGAUCAAACCAGCCCCGCUGUCUCCCACCGAUUCUUCUAUACACGCGCCGAUCAAUCCAUCUCUCAUAAAGCCCGACCAUCCCUCGCGGGACGUUCAUAUAACGUCCCCGACCUUGACCGCCACGGGUGACGGUGAGCCACAGCUCUAUGCGCCCCCUACCGUGAGUAAGGCGCCUAAUCAAACUGUUUCUGCAAGCGCAGUACCCUCGCCCGACGCCGCUGGCACAUCCCCGCUUGCCACCUCCGUUGCGGAUCCUCUCAGCUCGGUCUCGCCCAGCGGACCCGACUAUAGCAUGGCGCCCUGGUCACUAAAGCCGCGAACCACAAAUACCGCAGGCGUCACCUCCCCGACACCGUCUUCAUCCAGCCUUCCUCAUCGUUCGUACGAAUCUCUGCGCGCAUACGGACGAUCUUUCGGUCACAGCGCGCGCACGUCUAUCGUCUCAUCACCCAGUUCUCCGCAACGACCUCCCUCCCCUGUCAACAUGUUCACGACAGUUCCCGAGGCUUCGCCUACAACGGAUCUUCCGGUCCUUCCCUCGUCCUCUGGCUCACUCGCACACGGUCAACGAUCUACCCCGUCAUUCGUUUCAUCAACGACAUCUAAGCGUUCAUCAUCCCCUGUGAACAUGUACUCGAACAUGGAUAGCUUAUUCGGAGCGCCUCCCAAACCGCGCCCGCUCGUCAAGUUGGACAAAACGAAGAAGGAUAAGGGGAAGCAGCCACAGCGUUCACCCGACCCACCGCGUUCACCCGAACCGCAGCGUGCACCAGAAGCGACCGUCGCGCAUGCGACACGACCAAGCGCAGCGCGAGCCCCUCAACCAAGUGCCCCGCCUGCGCCCCAGCCGAGUGCAUCGCGUGCGCCCCAGCCGAAACUUGCGCGCGCUCCGUCAGCAUCUGCGCGCAUUGCUAGAUCGUCCGGCUCGUUGAUGCGGCGGCCCAAAACGUCCGGCUCUGACCAGUCUGGACAUCGUCCGCGUGCAUCCACGAGCAGUACAAUGCGCUCAACACGACCUUCCACGGCCAACAGCACCGGAUCCGCCGCGAGCGAUACAACGAUUCCUAUCGCAUUUCUCAAUGGCGACCCGAUAUACGCAGAUGCACCGACCCGCCAGGUUAAUCUCUCGCGCGCAUCUGUCUGGGGACGCCCCGGUACGGCCGACUCGCACGUCGAGCCGCCGCCCUUGGUCGAUGGCGUGGCCAGCCCUCUCGAUAAACACGUCAAUGUAGUCGUGCAAUCGCGUGAAAAGGGGGUGUGGGAGGAGCGCGACGUGCAGGACGUGAUCUACCAACUGCGCAAAAUCAGGGCAAAAUGA